AUGGUCUAUGGAUUUGACACCAUUGAACCAUCAUCUAACCUCACGUGGACACCAUGUUUCGACGGCUUUACAUGCUCUAGGCUGGAAGUCCCUUUGGAUUAUUCCAACACCAGUCUUGGCACAACAUCCAUCGCCUUCAUCAAACUGGCGGGCAAGAAUGCCACUGCCGAGUCCCCAAGCGUCGUACUCAUACCCGGCGGUCCGGGUGGUUCAGGUAUAGAUCUGAUCCUCCCAUACAAGACCGUCGCAGGGCAAAUCUUCGGAGACCAGUACAACAUCGUCUCCUUUGACCCUCGCGGUGUGAACAACAGCGGUCCGAGCCUUGACUGCUUUUCUGGCAAUGCGGAAGCAAGAUUGGCCUUCAACCAACUACACAGCACAGGCGCUACCAACGUCUCAUCAACCUCGCUUGAAGAACAGUACUAUUCUAGCUCUAUCUACGGCGAGUGGUGCAACCAUGCUGUAGAGAACGGAUCGCCACAUGGCUAUUAUGUGACUACGCACGCUGUCGUCCAUGAUUUACUCACGUUCAUCGAAGCUGAGGCCGAGUUAGCCGGCCAGUCACGGUCAGAGGCCAGCUUGUGGUGUUACGCCGUUAGUUACGGCACGGUCGUCGGCACCACUUUCGCUUCCAUGUUUCCCGACCGAGUUGGCAGAAUGAUACUCGACGGUGUUGAGAACGCCGAGCAGUAUUACAGCAACGACUGGAGGGACAACGUCGAUCAGAUGGAUGAGACCAUGGAAGCAUUCUCGAGCUCCUGCCAUUCCGCAGGUCCUGACCUGUGUUCCUUUUGGGGGCCCACGCCAGCGAACAUCACGGCCAGAAUGGACGGCAUCAUUCAUCAGCUUCAGAACCAUCCCGUCCCGGUGAGCGGAGUCCAGAGCCAAGAUCUGCCGGCCAUGCUCACCUAUUCAGACUUGAAGGCGCUUUUCGUCAACGCCAUCUACGUCCCACUGACCUCAUUCCCAGUCAUGGCCGACGUCCUACACCAGCUUGAACGUGGGAACGCGUCUAUCCUUGUGGGCGAGUUUGACUCGUUGAGAAUCACAUCCGACGAACGUCUCGUCAUACAGUGCACCGACUCGUAUCGAAGCAACAGGCUUACUACCAUUGAAGACUUCAAGAGCUACGUCGAGUACACGGUCUCCAAGAGCAAGUACAUCGGCGAUAUCUAUCCCAUCUUCGUGGAGACGAUCUUGUGUAGAUCAUUCCGCCCGCAAUUGCCUGAUAGCAUGGUGGUUCAAGACCCAGCAAUUGGGCUAGACCGGCCUACGUCCUUCCCGAUCAUGUUCGCGAGUAACACUAUCGACCCCAUAACGCCCUUGAUAUCGGCGCGCACGAUGUCUUCUCGAUUUCCCGGCUCGGUAGUCCUACUGCAAGAAGCCAUUGGUUCAGAACAUCUCCGAAGACAUAUACGCGACAUCUGUAUUGACACUAGGGUCGGCCCCGGCUUUGAGUAUCAGAGGAACGAGGCCUUUAAGCCACCAGCGGCCUUUUUCCGGGCUCUGCCUUGCCUCCGCCUUUUCUCCGGGCUCCAGGAGCUGCAUCUCAAGUUCACCGAGUACUGCGGGAAUGAAGAGAAAGCGUACACGUCCAUUAGUAUCGAGGAAGACUACAACUUUCAAUACCGGUACUGGGUUUUAUGGACUGUCUUCAGCUGCCUUGCAGGAGAGUGGAAUGUCGCCCAGUCGCAGGAUAUCUAUGAUGACAUGGACGCGGCAGUGUGUGAAAAUGAUGAGCUGGUCGACGGCGAAGACUUCUUCGAGGAUCUUGCUAAAGACGCAGCGAGUAGCAACGAACAAUCGACGGGCCCCAUCGCACUGAAGGCGCUUUCGAUAUGCAACCUCGCAGACUACGAUGAUGUCCGCUUCACGUCGUCAGAUCUAUUCAAGAAAGUGCUGGAAUCACCUACUCUGACGGAGCUUAAAGUCUACGUUGUUUUCCAAACAGAUGAGAUGGAUCCGUGGCACAAAAUCUAUCUGCCUGAGAAGUACGACUUUAUGGAAUCCCUCUGCAAGACGUGGCUUGCGCCUGCCGUGGCCAAGAAGCUUACGGUAUUGUCUCUGUUCUGCGAGGAGCCCUGGGGCUGGAACCCGAAAAUGGACUUCCGCGAGGUAAAUCCCGGCCGAGGCCCGGAGUCCGGGUUUCCCAACCUGAAAGUCCUUGCGCUCGGAUACUUCGUGUUUAGUCACGAGUGGCAGAUUGAAUGGUUUUCCUCGCUCGGCCGCCUGAACGGCCAUGGAGGGCUGCGGGAACUAUACUUGGAUGACUGCCCUAUCAUGCAUGCCGUUCACAGCCGCGUGCGCUUGGAUGAGAGGCCCGAAACCGCUGGGUAUCCCUUGAAGGAGAAAAUGACAAGUGAAUUUCAAGAUGUCAACGUGGAGGAUCGCCUCUAUCCCAUGCGAUGGCAUCACCUACUCACUCACAGGGGCGAAAGUAUGUCGGGACUCACAGUCUUCAUGAUGGAUAAAGGCCAAUGGUGGAAUCAGAGCCACGUCGACCCCCCGUAUAAAGAAUGGAGUCAUCUAGAAGUAUCCCGCUUCUUCGAUCGGAGAAACUUUGAGACCUACGACUGCCCGGCGCCUGAGCUUGAUGAUACUGGAAAAAAAUUCAGUCGCUAUUUUCACGGUGUGGAUAGCAGUGCUCCUGAACCUCACUGCUAG